AUGGCCUGUUUAUGGAGUUCCUCUCUGUCCAGUUGCCUUCUCACCCUCCUCCUCCUCCAGCUGUCCUCCAGCUAUGCAGGACAGUUCAGAGUGAUAGGACCAGGGCACCCCAUCAGGGCUCUGGUUGGGGAUGAAGUGGAACUGCCAUGUCGCAUAUCUCCUGGGAAGAAUGCUACCAGCAUGGAGGUGGGGUGGUACCGGCCCCCCUUCUCUAGGGUGGUUCAUCUCUACCGAAACGGCAAAGACCAAGAGACAGAGCAGGCCCCUGAGUAUCGAGGCCGGACAGAGCUGCUAAAAGACACUAUUGGUGAGGGAAAGGUGACCCUCAGGAUCCGGAAUGUGAGGUUCUCAGAUGAAGGAGGUUUCACCUGCUUCUUCCGAGAUCAUUCUUACCAAGAGGAGGCAGCAAUGGAAUUGAAAGUGGAAGAUCCCUUCUACUGGAUCAAUCCUGGGGUGCUGGUUCUCAUCGCAGUGCUGCCUUUGCUCCUCCUGCAGAUUGCUGUGGGCUUCGUCUACCUCUGCCUGCAGCACAGACUGAGAGGAAAACUUCGAGCAGAAAUAGAGAAUCUCCAUAGAACUUUUGAUCCCCACUUUCUGAGGGUGCCCUGCUGGAAGAUAACCCUGUUUGUAAUGGUGCCAGUUCUUGGACCCCUGGUUGCCUUGAUCAUUUGCUACAACUGGCUACACCGAAGACUAGCAGGACAGUUUCUUGAAGAGCUAAGUAAGUUUUCUUCUUUCUUACAAGCUGAGAACAAAAAGUCAGGAAAGGGAGACAAAGCAAGAGGAAGAGGGGAAGGGAACUGAGGGAUCACAAUCUCCUAGGAAAGGAGGGGCUGGAGAGCAGAGGUAGAGGGAGGACCCUUCCAGAAAGCGAGAAGGGGAGGCGGCAGCUGUUGGAGACA